UACAAAUUCAGUGUAUUCAUGGAUGUUAACAGCGGCAUCCCGAAAAAUUCCCCAGUCUGUUGUUUGAAAACAGUCACAUAGUGCCUCAUCUGACUGCUCUGUCCAGCGCUGUAUUGAGCGAAUCACAGGCUUUUCACGUUUCAGCUUCUGCCUAUAGCAUGGUAGUAGGAGAACAGAGGAAUGAUCCGAUUUGCCGAAGGCAGGGCGGGGGCGGGCUUUGUAGGCAUGACUGUACGGCGAGUAGGCGUGAUCCAGGAUGUUUUCACCUCGAGUUGUAAAGUUAACGUGUUGGUGAUACUUCGGUAAAACUUUGCUGAGGUUGGCUUUGUUGAAGUCGCCUGCCACAAUGAAUGCAGCCUCUGGGUGUAGAGUUUCCUGCCGAUCGAUGAUUUCAUACAGUUCAUCCAUAGCCCGUUUGGUGUCAGCUUGGGGUGGAACGUAAACAGCGACCAAAACAACUGCAGAGAAUUUCCUGGGCAGAUAAAAUGGUCUGCACUUGACCAUUAGAUGUUCGAGGUCAGGUCUAUCCCCCACUGAUGGAGAUGAUGCUGGGCUGCCUCCUGUGCUUGAGCCUCCUCCUCCUCUUCCCCUGUGGUCAUGGAGCCCCUCCAGGUUAUCGCCUGCGUCUCGCAAGCGACGGCUCCAGUUCCAACCAGGGCCGAUUGGAAGUGUUCUACAACAAUAUGUGGGGAACCGUGUGUGAUGAUGAGGUCAACAUAAACCUGGCAAAUGUGGUGUGCCGGGAGUUGGGCUUUGUGAGUAGCCUUACCUGGGCCCACAGCGCUAAAUUUGGAGAAGGACAAGGCCCAAUCUGGUUGGACAAUGUCCUCUGCUCAGGCACUGAGAGCUCACUGGCAGACUGCCACUCAAACGGCUGGGGCAUCAAUGACUGUAGCCAUUCUGAAGACUUAGGCAUUGUGUGUAGUCCAGAGCGGGGGCAAAGCUCCAUCCAGUCUUCAGGCCCCGCAGGCCAACCUCCCACCCCCCUCCUUCAGCCGCCCCCCUCCCCUCAGAUCUCCAACAUCCCAGAAGCCCCUCGUAGGAGGGGUCAUCAAAUAGCAAUUAGUCGGGGCGGCUCCCGCCAGGCUCCAAAUCGAAGGGAUGGCCAUCAAAUCCAGCUGCGCCCCUUCAAUAAUGAUCGGGGCCGCCACCCAGAGUCCUCAGUACCCAGAGGCCACGAGCUGCCAGACCGCCUGCGUAAUGUGGGAGCCUACAGGCAGACCCCGUAUAGCCAAUCACGCCCCAGGGCCAACACUUCACCCACCUUACAGACGAUACAACGUACUCCAAAUACAAGACAACCACCUGCUCCUGAGACCCCCACCCGUGAGGGGCCCCCAACAGAUCCCAGACAGAUGGCCCAGCAUGCUCGCCUGCUGGAGGAGAACAACCUUGACUUUGAUUUCACUGACCAGUACAGCCAGGGCUCCGACAGGGUGAAUCUUGAUGACGUGCGUCUGCGUCCUGUGCUGACAAGCACCCGGAGAAACUCCAUCGUCACAGAGGGCAUGGUGGAGGUGAAGCUGGCUGGGAGGUGGCGUCAUGUGUGUAGUCAGGGCUGGGACAUGAGCAGUAGCCAGGUCACCUGUGGAAUGCUGGGGUUCCCUGCAGCAGAGCAGCCUGAUGAGCCAGUGUACAGGAAAUUGUGGGACACUAAGAUAGCAGACCCCUCCACGAGGCUGAGCGUCAUGGUCACUAAGAAGGGCUACUGGGUGGAGGAGGUACGGUGUUCAGGUACAGAGACAUCGGUGACCGGCUGUCAGACUCGGCCGUCCAUCCCUCAGAAUGAUGUGCCUUGCCCCGGUGGAAUGCCUGCCGUGGUGCGCUGUGUACCGGGGUCCCAGUUCUCCCAAGCUGCUGGCAGGACAGCAUCUCGCUCUAAGCCAGAGGUGCGCCUGAAGUCAGGACCCCGCCUUGGUGAAGGGCGCGUGGAGGUGCUCCGGGAGGGGAAGUGGGGGACUGUGUGUGACCAAAUGUGGGACAUCACAGCUGCAAGUGUUGUCUGUAGGGAGCUGGGCUUUGGAACAGCCAAGGAGGCCCUUAACGGAGCCCAGAUGGGCCAAGGUACCGGUCCUAUUCACAUGAACAUGGUGCAGUGCAACGGCAGAGAAAGCUCCAUCCAGCAGUGUCAACAUCGCGAGGUGCCCCUCCGGAGCUGCAGACACAGUCAGGACGCGUCCGUGCGCUGUCACGUCCCACGCACAGGCCUAGAGGCUACAGUGAGGUUGGCUGGGGGCCGGGAGCCUGGAGAGGGCCGUGUGGAGGUUCUGACGGAGGUGGGUGGGGUUCAGCGCUGGGGAGCUGUGUGCAGUGAGAACUGGGGGAUCAAUGAGGCCAUGGUGGUGUGCAGGCAGCUGGGCUUUGGCUUCGCCUCCAGAGCCCAUCAGGAAACGUGGUACUGGCAAGGCAACGUAGAUGCUGCGGACAUGAUCCUGAGCGGCACACACUGCGCUGGCACAGAGAUGUCUCUUCAGCAGUGUCGCAAGAAUGGCCACGUCUUCUGCCCGAGUGGCAAAGCAGCCGGGGUGACCUGUGCAGAGACUGCCCCUGACCUGGUGGUGGAUGCUCAGCUGGUGCAAGAGUCGGCAUACUUGGAGGACCGCCCCCUGCACCUCCUCACCUGUGCACAUGAGGAGAACUGCCUCUCCUCCUCCGCUGCACGCAUGCAUUGGCCCUACGGACACCGCCGCCUGCUGCGCUUCUCCUCGCGCAUCAUGAACCUGGGCCGGGCAGACUUCAGACCGCGGGCCCCGCGAGAGUCCUGGGUGUGGCACCAGUGUCACAGGCACUACCAUAGCAUUGAAGUGUUCACACAUUAUGACCUCCUGACCCUGAAUGGCUCGAGGGUUGCUGAGGGCCACAAGGCAAGCUUCUGUCUGGAGGACACCUACUGCCCUGAAGGUCAACAUAAACGCUUCUCCUGCUAUAACAUGGGAGAGCAAGGCAUCUCUGUGGGCUGCUGGGACACCUAUCGCCAUGACAUCGACUGCCAGUGGGUCGACAUCACCGACAUCAGACCAGGCGACUACAUACUCCAGGUGGAAGUCAACCCAUCCCUUGACAUGGCGGAAUCAGACUUCCACAAUAACAUGAUGCGUUGCCGCUGCAGAUAUGAUGGGGCCAGGGUCUUUGUGUACAGCUGUCACGCAGGAGAUGCUUACAGUGCUGAUGUGGAGGAUCUGUUUGGGCAUCAACAGCAGAUCACCAACAACAUAUAAACUACAUACAUGUAGGCCUGCACGGUGACAGAACAACAUAUAAACUACAUACAUGUAGGCCUGCACGGUGACAGAACAGGAGGCUAAGAUUGUUUUUAUCCUCACAUCAUGGAAAGUAUAAUGCAUCAACUGCAGGUAGUGUGAAAGGGAGACAGACUUGAAAUAAUACCAGUUCCUCACCUGUUCACUAGGUAAACGCUUCCUACCCUCAGACACCUGGAGUUCUCUGAGAGACAAAGACUGAAGAUAAAUAUGUGGAGAGAAGAGCGAGCGUAGCUAAAAUCAUAAUUCAGUCUGGACUCUGAGAUUCAACUUGUUUUGGAACCAUUCUAGCAGGUGGAACUCCUUUUCAUUACAUGUUGGGGAUAACCAUGAUUACAACGCUUCAUGAAUCACAGGGAUGGUUCGAAAUAAAAACCUGCAUUCCAUUUUCUCUUAGAGUUUAUUCUUUUCCCCUCGUAUCGUCCACUUGAUUUAGAACAAGGUACAAAAACCUACCUGUGAAUGCACAUAUGAAUGAGAUAGUGUCAUUAAAUAUCACACAUAUCACUGUAUACUGCUAAACUCUGUUUAGAUAGACAGUUUCGCCAACGGUUCAAAGUAGAAAGUUUAACUGCAUUACAUUUCUGUUUUAAAAGUGUGUGUGUGUGUGUGUGUGUGUGUGUGUGUGUGUG